AAUGUCGGACUGCGAGCAGAUGACAGAUAUGACCACAUCUUUGUGGCUCCGGCUAUCCCUUUUUGUGAAUCUCGGCAUCACGAUAAUCUCGUUUCCAGUUCUGUUAACUGCUUUACACUAUAUAAAUUCUCAGCAACUGUUUCAUCGGAAUACAAGGAUUCAGAUUAAAGUUCACAUAUUUGCAUUGUUGGUUCAUUCCACAGGAAGAUUUGCUCUUCAUUCCCUGGACCUCAUAAACUAUUUUUCAAAUACUGGUUGUGAUGCUCUACCCGAUUUCUAUCGAUGUCUUGUUGUUCGAGGACUUUAUAACUUUGGAAUGGCGCUUGCAGCAAUGUGCUCAACAAGUCUUGUCAUCGAACGAGCAAUAGCACUUCACUAUAACUCGACUUAUGAAAUGUGUGGAAGAGGAUUCGGUGUUCUUCUAGGAUUUCUUCAACUUUUCCUCGCAUUUGCAUUCUUGUUUAAACUCUACUUUGAUGCCUCAUUUACACCAGUCCCAAAUGUUACUCUUUAUUAUUGUCAGACUCUAGCUUCCGGUCACGGAUCCGUCUGGACAAUUAAUGCUCCACUAUAUGCAGUUAUGAUUGCUCAGUGUGUAUGUAGAUUGGCGUUUUGGUACAUCGGAGUGCAAACUAAAAGGAAGAGAAACACCCAGAAACUACAAACACUGAGCACUCGGUAUACUUUGGAGCAAGGAAUUCGAUCUAUAAAAGCACUGAAUAUGUUCAUUAACGCCAAUUGUUUCGUAUUUUUCUUUUUCUCGUUUAUUGGAACUUCAUUACAUUUUAAUUCGAGUAAAAUGAGCAGACCAACGUACUUUGCUCUCGUGGAAGUGAUUCAUUUUAUUCCAACUUAUGGAAUUCUACUUUCAAUUUACAUUUAUUUUUCUUUGAAAAAGCUUGACUCAAAGCAAAAGACAUCACUCACAAAAAGCAUGCAGAUGGAUCCGAGUCGUUAUCUGAUCGAAUUCAAAAAACAAAUUGGUUAAGCCACGUACAUAUUUUAUUUUAUUUUAUUUUUGUUCUGUGAACAUUUUCAUUACCAAUGUAUUGUGAUAAAUGAAGACUAAAAGGUCUUCCUAAUUUU